AUGGCGGCCUUGCCAGCAGGUGUUCAGUAUGGGUUAUCAUCUGAGUCUAGUUAUAAAGAAAACAAGGAACUAGUGUUUGUGAAACUAACGGAUUCAGCAUUAAAAGCUAUAGAAGAUUUCAUUAGGAAUAAUAGGGACAAAUUGGCAAAACCUAAAAUACAGUUCCUACCCGGAAAUGAAGGGAAAAUAUCAAUUCCGGCCCCAACAAAUGGCUCAUCGAGUGAGUCCACAUUUCACUUUAGUAUCAACAGUAAUGCGGAAAUGGAAGGUCCACAGGGUUCGUUCGAGUGCGUGCGCAGCGGGGGCGCGCGGCGGCUUGAGUCGUGCGGGCCGCUGCCUAGGCGGAUGCGCGUCCAGGCCAACGACGACUCGUACGAGGCCACCAAGGACCGCAUGGCGCGUACCGUCGCCGCCGAACAGAGCAAAUGCACCCGCGUUAUAAAACCUAAUCAGACGGACAUAGGACGGCGGGUUAAAAUGCGCCUCUCACAUCCCAUGUACUCGGGUGGAUCGGCGUCGGCGCAACUAGCGGAAAGGGCCGAGCGGGCCGAGAAGGAGCGGCUCGAACGUGCCGAAAGGGAUCGUGCGGAGAGAGCCGAGAGAGAACGUGUCGAGCGGGCCGAGAGGGAACGCGUCGAAAGGGCCGAGAGGGAACGGGUCGAAAGAGCCGAAAGGGAACGUGUCGAAAGGGCCGAGCGGGAACGGGUGGAGAGAGCCGAGAGGGAGCGAGUCGAGAGGGCCGAGCGAGAGCGGGUGGAGAGGGCCGAGCGGGAGCGGGUGGAGCGGCCGGAGCGGACGGAGAGGGCGGAGCGCGGCGAGCGGGCGGCGCCGCGCGGCGCGCCCCCGCCGCAGCCGCGCCCGCCGCCCGCCGCCGACGUCUCGCGCCGCUCCAUCAAUGAAAGACUUAUACAAUUAUUAGCACUGAAACCCUUCAAGAAGCCCGAACUAUACGCCAGACUCAAUAGUGAGGGCAUCAAGGAGAAGGAUCGUGGCGAAGUUAACAAAAUCCUUCCCAAGAUCGGCUCCCUCAAGGACAACUGCUAUCACCUGCGUAGGCACAUAUGGAAUGAUGUCAAUGAGGACUGGCCUUUCUACACCGAGGAGGAGAAACGGAUGCUCAAGAGGCGGAAACCUCAAAACCUAACCCCGCCUCUGAGUAGCGACUCUGCAAACUCGCUGUCGCCGCGCGCGUCGCCCGGAGGCAGCAGCGGUGGCAGCGGGGGCAGCGGCGGCAGCGGCGGCAAGCGCGCGCCCGGCGCCGGCGAGGACGCGCCCGCCGCCAAGAAGAAGCGCAUAUCGCACUACCGCCGCCCCUCGCCGCCCUCCUCCGGCUACGCCACCACCUCCUCGGGCGAGCGCCACGCCUCCGACAACGAGGACGACCGGACCAAUGUUAAAAAGGACAAUGGUUACACCCUAAACUUUAACACUGUCAAGGAUCUCUGCCCCAGUCCUGUUAAAGCAAACGGUUUUAGAAGUAGUCCUCAAAUAGAGCAAACCAGUAUCACAGAAAAAGACAUCACAAAUAAUGAACAAUUAGAAAAUACAGAUUUAACAUCCGUGCCUGAUGAGAGCAUGACUGAUUUGGUAGAUAUUGAAAGGCAGUACCCGGCGAUCACGAGCUCGAGCGUGCGGCGCGCGUACAAGCAGGAGUUCUCGGAGCUGUACACGGAGUACCGGGCGCUGUACGCGCGCGUGGCGCAGGUGGCCGCGCUCUUCACCCAGCUCGAGCAGCAGCUGCGCCGCGCCGAGCCCGCCUCGCCGCAGCGCCGGACGAUAGAGCAGCGUAUCGUGGAGGAGUACCAACGCGUCCGCAACAAUGUGGCGUAUCAGCGCGAGAGGCGGCGUGUCAACUAUCUACAUCGCAAGCUCAACCAUAUCAAGCGGAUGGUACAACAAUAUGACCAACUGCGUAACCUAAAGCCGGAGAGGGUGUCCGCGGCAAGCACCACGCAGGCGUACUGA